AUGUUUGGGAAAGGUUUUCCGUUCCACAAUCCUGUCGGAGGCUUCUAUCCUCGGGAGUCACUCGAUUCCCGAAGACCCGCCGGCUACACCAGCAAAGUUCGCGUGCGCGAUCGAUAUCACAUUGUCGGGUUCAUCAGCAGUGGAACCUAUGGCCGGGUAUACAAGGCCAUCCGCAAGAAUGGUCAGAAGGGGGAGUUUGCGAUCAAGAAGUUCAAGCCGGACAAGGAAGGCGAGUCGAUCCAGUAUACGGGACUGUCGCAGUCUGCGAUCCGGGAAAUGGCUCUGUGCACCGAGCUGUCCCACGCCAAUGUCGUUCAACUGGAGGAGAUCAUUCUAGAGGACAAAUGCAUUUUCAUGGUGUUUGAAUACACGGAGCAUGACUUGCUUCAGAUCAUUCAUCAUCACACCCAACCCCAACGGCACGCAAUUCCGGCCACCAUGGUCCGGUCUAUUCUCUUCCAGCUACUUAACGGAUUACUCUACCUACAUACGAAUUGGGUUCUGCAUCGUGAUUUGAAACCAGCCAAUAUCCUGGUCACAUCAAGCGGGGCCAUCCGCAUCGGCGAUCUCGGCCUCGCACGUCUUUUCUAUAAACCUUUGAACUCCCUUUUCUCCGGAGACAAGGUAGUUGUCACUAUAUGGUAUCGUGCACCGGAGCUCCUCCUAGGCAGUCGACAUUAUACCCCCGCUGUCGAUAUGUGGGCCGUGGGAUGCAUCUUUGCCGAGCUGCUUUCCCUGCGCCCAAUCUUCAAGGGUGAGGAAGCGAAGAUGGACAGCAAAAAGACGGUCCCCUUCCAACGUAACCAGAUGAUGAAGAUCGUCGAGAUUUUGGGUCUUCCACGCAAGGAAACAUGGCCGGGCCUCGUUUCAAUGCCCGAGUAUGCUCAACUGCAGUCGCUCGUGCUUCAUCGGCAACCGGCUCAUUUCCACCGCGGCCCUAAUCUUGAGGGUUGGUAUCAGAGUUGCUUGAAGAAUGGUGGAUAUUCUGUCAACUCCACCGCCGGCACGCCAGGCGCCGAUGGGCUCGACCUCCUCUCCCGCAUGUUCGAAUAUGACCCGACCAAGCGCAUCACAGCUCAAGAAGCCUUGGAGCAUCCGUACUUUGCAAAUGGUGGUCCCAUCAGCGGAGACUGCUUUAAUGGCAUUGAACAUAAGUACCCUCAUCGCCGGGUCACUCAAGAUGACAAUGACAUUCGCACCGGCAGUCUCCCUGGCACUAAGCGCAGCGGUCUACCCGACGAUUCUUUGAUGAGAGCCACGAAGCGCCUGAAGGAAUAA